AUGGCCUGGCAACAAUAUUCCUAUAUUCAGAAAGAACAAGCAAGAAAAACAGAACAACUGGACGCUCUUGUUGAUGAACUGGAUGAUUGCAUAUUUGAGACUGUUGGCUUUGACAAAGCAGCAAUUCGGCAGCACAUUAUAGACAUCAUGAACGAAAGGCGACAAAGUGUAAGGAAUGGAUAUGAUUAUACAUUGGUGAGAUAAUUAAUUGACAAGUGUGUAGUAAUCUAAAUCUUAUACUUAUUGAUUUUAAUUAGGGUGCUCAUUGUUUUGAAUAGGAAGUAGUCUGGGCGUGCAUGCAACACCUUCAAAUGCAUUGUGUGCAUGUGUCAAAUUAUUAAAGUGCCUAUGUCAUAGUUUGGGAAUUAGUCUAUUUAGAUAGUUUAGAAGAUUUUAAGAACUUUUGCAAUAUAUUUUAUAAUUCGAAAAUUUGAUCUUCAUGGACUUUCAGGGGCUCAAAGUUGGCAAUUUUUUGCUUAACCGUGAGUGUAAAAGGACUAGGGCGAGAGUGCCUUAAACGCCGGAUGUGACGUCAAACCGGGAACUGAUCAAAACAAAAUACAUAUGAUUUGCUAUAGUUUCUUGAUAAAAUCAUGAUAAAAUCGAGUAUAAAUUAGAUGUUUCUGGAAAUUUCCUCAAUAUUUCGAUUGAAAUUUAAUUGGGCUAUAUCCUUAACCUUCGGUUAUCCAACUGACAGGCAAAUUGGGCGAGAUACUAAUUUUAUGGCUGAGUGUGCAGGUCAAACACGUAUACGCUGAUGCUAAUCUAUCUUGAUUUUAUAUACAGAAAUGUCGGGACAAAACGGCAAGGAACUGUAGGCUGUUGUUAAACCCAAUCCAGGAGAAUCUAUUCUCUUUGUCAAUACAGGCCAGAUUGCAAAUUAUUGUGGGCAAAACACCUCGUCCAGGACCAAUAGAAGUGGCUGAAACCGCCGGUUUGCUUUGAAUUUGGGCGUCAUAGCCGCGUCAGGAUGUACCGUAAAUAAUUUUGUGAAAAAGUAGGUAAUACGAAUUUUAUAUGAUUUAAAAAGAGAAAUUCUGAAGGCAAAGUGAACUUGUUUUAUUAUAUCGACAUGUAUUCAUGAAUUACUGUAAAUUUAAAGUUGAUAUUUGAAUAAAUUCGUGAAUUAUUAUUAAGCUAGUCUUGCAAAAUCGCCUAAAUGUAAGAUGUAUUAUAUAAUUGUGUUCUAAUUGAUCAUUUGAAUUAUAGACUAAAUUUUGAUCUAGACAAAAAUUUCAUCACAGCUUGAAAGAGCAUCACAAAAUUAGUAAUAUUCCAAAAUUUUUUUGGUUGCAAAAUGUUGUAAAAUGCGGAUAAUAUAACCUUGCGAAAUUUGCAAUUUUCAGUCAUUUUAGAUUAUACAAACGGGAAAUUUGUCGCCCGAACACUUUGAGCUGUCAAUUUCCCGUUUGUAAUCUAAAAUGACUGAAAAUUGCAAAUUUCACAAGGCUAUAUUAUGCGCAUUUUACAACAUUUCACAACGAAACUUUGGAAUAUUACUAAUUUUGUGAUGCUCUUUCAAGCUGUGAUGAAAUUUUUGUCUAGACUUGUUUAGAUCAAAAUUUUGUCUAUUGCGCAAAUGGUCAAUUGUGUUCAUGAAAUAAUACAACUAGGCUACAUUUUUUAAAAUAUGACACAUCUUUAUAUUUCUGAUUCAUGAAUAAUAAAAAUCACUUUCUUAAUUAUAGUAAACUAUAAUCAUUUUGAAAAUUAUAAUAUUCUAUUGAGUAUUGUAUUUUUUCGACAUUUGACCUUGUCUGCUAAGCAAAAUGCCUAAUGUAAACAAAGCAAGCGAAGGGGCCUAUUGUAUUUCAUGAUUCGCCCAUUUCUGGGCUAUGACUUGUCUUUACCAUAUUAUUUAUCCUAAAGACCUAACGGAUUUGAUUUCUAAGUCAUAAACAUCUAUUCUUUAUAAAGUUAUAGUAAAUUUUUCAUUAAAUGUGAAAACAUUUUGAAACACUUGUGCUUUGUAUUAUUCAAUUUAUUUGAGGUGCCGAACUUGCCAGUUUGCAAAAAUAUGCAAAUAAUUUUAUUAUAUUUAUAAAUUAUGAAAUGAUAUUAUAUAUGGUUAUUGGGUGUGACAUUAUUUAUUCAUAAGUCGUGGAUCAUUUUGGCAAAUUACGACAUAUGAAUGUAAGUAUAAUCCCUGGAAAUUAUCUGGAUUGACCCAUUGCCUUGGCAUUGCUUUGUUUACAUUUGGCAAUGAAAUGGUUUCAUCUGAUCUGUUAUAAAGAACUGAACAAGAUUUUCAAAAUGACAAGACAAGUUUGUUCUAUUUAAGCAAGUGAUUUUUACAGUAUGAUUCAAGAAUAAAAAUCUAAAUUUAAAGCAAUGUGACCCAGGACCAUAAAUACAUUUUAUUCUUUCUUUGUUUUAUAUGCAUUUUGCAGGCAAAACUAGAAUCGCGACUUCAUUCAAAGAUCAAUUUUCUCUUGCAUACCUAUCAGUAACAAUAGAACAAGUUCAGUUUGCCUUUGGAGUUUCUCUUUUAGUUUUAAAUCACAUAAAAACCGUAUUUAAUCACCUUCUCGCCAAUUUUAUACGACACAUUUUGACGUCCAAAUUCAAGCAAUGGUACGCCUCUGACUCUGUAUUGAUCAGUGGACGAGGCGUUUUGUCAGAAUAAUUUCCGCCAUUCUGGCUGGCAUUGACAAAACCGAGGGCAAAGCGAAUAUAUUCUACUGGAUCAGGUUUAACAACAGCCUACAGUUCUUUGCCGUUUUGUCUCGAUAUUUCUGUAUAUAAAUCAAGAAACCGAGAUAGAAUAUAUAGCAACAGCGUAUAUGUGUUUGACCUGCACUCUCAGCCAUAAAGUUAGUAUCUCGCCCAAUCUGCCUGUCAGUUGGAUAACCGAAGGUUAAGGAUAUAGUUCCAUUUAAAUUUCAAUCGAAAUAUUGAAGAAAUUUCCAGAAACAUCUAAUUUAUACUCGAUUUUGUCAAGAAACUACAGUAAAUCAUAUGUAUUUUGAUUUUGUUUUGAUGACUUCCCGGUUUGACGUCACGCCGGCAUUCUCGCCCCAGUACUUUUAUGCUGGCGACCAAACGCUCAGAAUAGGCAAAAUCGCCAACUUUGAGCCCCCGAAAGUCCAUGAAGAUCAAAUUUUCGAAUUAUAAAAUAUAUUGCAAAAGUUCUUAAAAUCAUCUAAACUAUCUAAAUAGGCUGAUUCCCAAACUAUGACAUAGGCACUUUAACUAUAUAUAAAGGAUUAUUUGUUGGAAGAGUAUGGAGUCGGCAUAUUUUUAUAUAUACAUGCUAUUGACUAAAGUGUUUGCAUUAACCCAUUUGUAGUACGUAGUAUAUAAGCUUUAAUAAAAUGUUCUGCAUAAUAAAAUGUUUUGCAUAUUCUAUGCAAAGUACAAUAUAUAUGUCAUCUAAAAACAAAUCAUUUCGAACUUGCUAAAGACAUGAAAAAUUUGUACAUGUUCACUCAGUUGAUGUAUUGCGUUGAUGUUCACUCAGUAAUAUGAUAAGGAGAAAAUGUUCUCGAGUGAAAUAUUUCAUAAUUUCCACCACGUGCACGGAGAAAAUUCUGCCUGCCACAAGCAGAAUUUCCGAAACCCAGCUGUGGCGGACAGAAUUUUCUGCUUGCAUGCGGUCUGGAAAUUAUUAAAUUUCACUUGAAAACAUUUUCGCCUUACAUAUAGUAGAUACUAUAUUUAUAGUGAAUAAAUAUAAUUUGCAGGUUGACAGAAGGACGUUGAAAAGAAAAAGUGAUCAAAUUGUAGAUAAAGGGUGCAGAGAAAAAGUUAGUUUGAUUAAAAUGAAAACUAACAGCAUCUUUUGAUGAACAAACAACUCUGAUUAGAUGGAACAACAAUCUUUUUUUCAAUAUCUUAGACAUCAUCCCUUGAUGAAGGAAGCACUUCAGAAGAUAAUAACAACACACAAAGUCACAAUUCUGAAACGCAAGAUCCGAACGAUUUGGAAACGCAAGAUCCCAACGAUUUGGAAACACAAGACAAUUCAGAAACAGACCAGCUCACCACCCUGCCAUCCUUUUUUGAUAAAAUUGGCAACUCUAAAGGUGAAAUAUAGUAUGAAGGGUAUAAUAUAUAUAAAUUAGUGUAUAUAUAGAGAUUACUUCAUGGUUGGUGUCACUUGUUCGCUACCCUCACUCGUAACAAUGUCCAUAAAAACUCCAUGUUUGUAGAGUUAAAGCCCUCGUGGAUUCCUGAUGGUUUACUCAUUGAAUCAACAUCUGCUAGAGACAUAUAUACGCACUGUUAUAUAAUAAAGGAUGUCUCAAAAAAAGCUAAUCCAACUACAGUAUGUUGAAUUGAAUUAGAGCCUCUUUGAAUUGAAUUAGAGCCUGCCGGUUUAGUCAAUAAAAAUGCGUCUGUGCCCAUCACUAUUUAUAGUGUUGUCAAUCAAAUGUAAAAUACAAUGUGACAAAUUAAUACAGACACGCCUUAUGUAAUAGCCUGCGAAUAUAUAUGUAAACAAAACGCAUAUCUUGAUUUCAACGCAUGAUUUUUUACAACAUUAAAAGCACUUGUCUUUCUUUCAAACAACCCUGAAAUUUCCUGAAGUAGCAAUAGUAAGUGAAUUCACAUAGACACCACGACUUGAGUUUGAACAACUACGGCAUACUAGAAUGCUCAAGAAUGCAAAUUAUAGUUGCCUUUGUCUUAGAGUAAAGAUGCUAUUGUUGAUAUAAGAACGUUGUAUUUGCCAAACUCUCUUAUACAGCAAAAACAUCGUUUCCGUCUAGAAUAUUGUUAAGAGCUUUUGACUGUCCAUCCUUUAACUUUAAACAAAGAUUUAGUUUUCUAUACAACUCGCUAUAGAACGAUAUUUUUCGAUUUGAAUCUAUUGUUGUGUAAAUUCAAUUACCUUUUAUGGCAGUAUAAUGUAGUUAAUUCAAUUUCAACCAAUGGGAACCCUGCGUCGUUCUAAGCAACGCACAGACGCGUUUUUAUUAGCUAGGCCUCCAGGCUCUCUCAAAUUUCAAAGAGAGUUCAAAGAGAGCCUGUUCGUAGGCUAGUGUGUAAAUUACUUGGUAAACGAGCAUAAUUUUUUAUAUUAAGAAAUAUCAGGCUUUUAGCUGUUGAAUGAGCACAAUUUCAUAGCAUAAUGAGCAAUUUCAUAGCACACAUAUAUGGAGAAAAAAUGAAUUAAUACGAGCUCGAUUGAAAAUCUUGAUCAAAAUCGAAUUCUUUCACCACUGCGCCUAAUUUUUCACAUAAGUUUUCACGAAUGUGUCAAAACUGGCUUUCAAGCUCGUAUUUACUCAUUUUUCCUCCAAAUGGUAUGAAAAAUGUGUCAUUCAACAGCCAAAAGCCUGAUCUUUAAUAUAAAAAAUUACGUUUACCAAGUAAUUUACGCACAAUAGGGUGCUAAAUUUGGAUAACUUUUUUUUAAUACACCCUGUGUAUAGUUUCGUUUUGUAGAAAACACCACGUAAAAUUAUCUACACAACAAAAUUAUUUUCUAUGAAAAAAAAACUGUAUUGUAUUUAUCGCCAUGCAAUUAGCUUCAAAGAACUUAAUAUACUACUGUUUUUUGUCAAUAGGCCACCAGAAGGAAAAUGAGCUUUCUCUUGAAGAUUGUAAGAUUAUUGUGACAGUUGCAUUUGGGGCAAUUAAGUAUUCUGAUGUCCCGAGAAGCUGGAUAACUCCAUUACUAAAAAAAUAUAUGCAUAGUGUGCCUAGUACCAUGAGCAAGGACAAUGCUGUGAGGAAGCUGGCACCUGAAUUGAUUGAUAGAAAGAUUGUGGAAGUAACCUCUGAGCCAGGAGAUUGUAAUAUAUCAAGAUGUAUGGUCAAAAGACUGCAAAAGUUGUAA